AGAGAGAGAGAGAGCACAGGAAAUAAACACUCUGGCUUCACUACCUGGGAAAAGCCAUUUCAAGGGCACUGGAGUCACACACACGCAGCACCUCAGUGCAAAGGAAUUACACUGCUCCACUGGCACAAUCCAAAGGCACAGCUUGUCUUUUACAAAGUGGUUAACAGUGAGUCACGUUCCACGGUUAGUAAUACACAGAGAUGGCAGAGGCGCACCAGGCGGUGGGAUUCCAGUUCACCGUGCGCCCUGAUGGUGUCGACGUCACACUUAGCCAAGAGGUCAUCAAAAACAUCUAUUUGUCUGGAGUUACAGCAUGGAAAAAGAGGGCUAUACUGUUCAAGAAUGGUGUGUUGGCAGGAGUCUAUCCAGCCAGUCCAUCCAGCUGGCUCAUAGUUGUAAUUGUGAUGAUGAGUUCUUUGUACGUUCAUGUUGAUCCUUCCUUCGGAAUGAUAGAUGCCAUCAAGGACAACCUGCCUCAGAGAGACUGUAUGUCAGUGCAGAGCCGGGCGGUGCUGAGUUCCAUCCUCUUCGCCACUGGACUGUGGCUCUUCCUCAUCUAUCUUCUGAGAUACACCCUCAAAGCCCUGCUGUCGUACCAUGGCUGGAUUUUUGAGUCUCAUGGAAAAAUGAGCACAUCGACAAAGCUUUGGCUGAGCCUAGUAAGGAUGUUCUCAGGAAGACGACCCCUGCUCUACAGUUUUCAAGCCUCGCUACCCAGACUUCCUGUGCCCAGCGUGGACGAUACUAUUCACAGGUACCUUGAGUCAGUUCACCCUCUUCUGGACGGUGAUCAGUACCAGCAAAUGGCAAUUUUGGCAAAGGACUUCAAAAAUUCCAAAGCCGCCCAGCUGCAGAGAUAUUUAAUCCUGAAAUCCUGGUGGGCUACAAAUUACGUGAGCGACUGGUGGGAGGAGUUCAUUUACCUCAGAGGCAGGGGUCCCAUCAUGGUGAACAGUAACUUCUAUAUAAUGGACCUGUUGUACGUGACACCAACACAUCGCCAGGCCGCACGUGUGGGGAAUGUGGUCCACGCCAUGCUGCAGUACAGGCGCAAACUUGAACGUGGUGAACAUGCACCGCUCAGGGCCUUGGGGACUGUCCCUAUGUGCUCCAGUCAGAUGGAGAGAAUGUUUAAUACCACUCGCAUUCCCGGCAUUGAAACAGAUAUUGUGCAGCACCUGAGUGACCGUAAGCAUGUGGUUGUCUACCACAAGGGUCGCUUCUUCCAACUGUGGCUGUACACUGGGGGGCGCCAUCUUUUACCCAGUGAAAUUGAGACACAGAUUCAAAGGAUUCUCAAUGACAAGUCUGAACCGCAGCCUGGAGAACUCAAGUUGGCUGCUUUGACAGCAGGAAACAGAGUUCCAUGGGCCCAAGCGAGGAUUAAAUACUUCAGCCAAGGUGUAAACAAGGUGUCCUUGGAUGCCAUUGAGUCAGCUGCCUUCUUCCUGACGCUGGAUGACGAACCGCAGGGUUAUGAUGCCGCAAAGACCAAUUCCCUGGAUGGUUACGCCAAGUCCCUGCUGCAUGGACAAUGUUACGACAGGUGGUUCGACAAAUCUUUCACUUUGAUUUCUUAUCCAAAUGGAAAAAUAGGAAUAAAUGCUGAACACUCAUGGGCCGAUGCACCUAUCGUAGGACAUAUGUGGGAGUAUGUGCUUGCAACAGACUGCUUUCAUCUUGGCUACACCGAGGAAGGACACUGUAAAGGAGAUGCCAGCAGAAGCCUCCCUCCUCCCACCCGACUGCACUGGAAAAUUCCAAAAGAGUGCCAAGAAGUUGUGGAGAGGUCAUAUCUGUCAGCUAAGCAGAUAGCUGAUGAUGUGGACUUCCAUGGUUACCUCUUCCGUGAGUUUGGGAAAGGCCUGAUCAAGAAGUGCAGGACCAGCCCAGACGCCUUCAUCCAGAUAGCCCUGCAGUUGGCACAGUUCAGAGAUCAGGGAGUGUUUUGUCUGACGUAUGAGUCAUCGAUGACUCGUAUGUUCAGAGACGGUCGGACGGAGACCGUACGUUCCUGCACCACUGAGGCUGUUGAGUUUGUCAGAGCUAUGGAAGACACAGCUGCAACAAAUACCCAGAGACUGGUCCUGUUUCGAAAGGCAGCAGACAAACAUCAAAACAUGUAUCGUCUGGCCAUGACUGGUUCUGGUAUCGACCGCCACCUCUUUUGUCUCUACAUAGUAUCCAAAUACAUUGGUGUUGACUCACCAUUCCUAAAAAAGGUGUUGUCAGAGCCGUGGAAGUUGUCAACCAGUCAAACUCCGCAGCAGCAGCUUAAUUUAGUUGACAUGAACAAAUUUCCGAAGUACGUUGGUGCAGGUGGUGGAUUUGGACCAGUGGCUGAUGAUGGUUAUGGCGUAUCUUAUAUCAUCGUUGGAGAAAACCUCAUCACAUUCCAUAUUUCCAGCAAGUUCUCAUGUCCUGACACGGACUCAUACCGGUUUGGACAAUACAUACACAGGGCCAUGAUGGACAUACAGAGACUUUUCAUGCCAGAAAAUGACAGGAUGGUGAACACUGGAAAACCUGUACCAAUGGAAAAUGGGAAGAAACAGCUUUGAGUCCUUUUUAAAUUCUACUGACUGAUUUGCUUGACAUUCAGCUGUUUAUGCACUUUAUCUGUUUUAUCAAUGUAUAAGUUAAAAUUAGAAAUUUAGCAUUUAUUGCUAAACUUAUUGUAAACAUUUGGGUUUGUAGAUGUAUAUUAUAUUUAAGGAUGCUCAUUAAACCAAAUACUAUGACCAGCA